CUGCGCGAGAGCAUCGCCUUUUCUCCGCUGGACACCUGCUGCAGAAGUCUCGCCACCACCAUGAUUCCCAUGGCCUCGCUGUUGCUGGGAGCUGCACUCCUCUGCGCCCAAGGAGCCUUUGCCCGACGGGUGGUCAGCGGUCAAAAGGUGUGUUUUGCUGAUGUGAAACAUCCCUGCUACAAAAUGGCUUACUUCCAUGAACUGUCUAGCCGAGUGAGCUUCCAAGAAGCACGCCUAGCUUGUGAAAGUGAAGGAGGAGUCCUCCUCAGUCUUGAGAAUGAAGCUGAACAGAAGUUAAUCGAGAGCAUGUUGCAGAACCUGACAAAACCUGGAACAGGGAUUUCAGAUGGUGACUUCUGGAUAGGACUUUUGAGAAGUGGAGAUGGCCAAACAUCUGGUGCCUGCCCAGAUCUCUACCAGUGGUCGGAUGGAAGCAGCUCCCAGUUCCGAAACUGGUACACCGACGAACCUUCUUGUGGAAGUGAAAAGUGUGUUGUCAUGUAUCAUCAACCAACUGCCAAUCCUGGCUUAGGAGGUCCCUAUCUUUACCAGUGGAAUGAUGACAGGUGCAACAUGAAGCACAAUUACAUUUGCAAGUAUGAACCAGAGAUUCACCCAACAGAGCCUGUUGAAAAGCCAUAUCUUACAAACCAACCUCUAGAUGCCCAGGACAAUGUGCUUGUUACUGAAGCAGGCAUAAUUCCCAACCUAAUCUAUGUUAUUAUACCAACGAUCCCAUUGCUCUUACUGAUACUGGUUGCUUUUGGAACCUGCUGUUUCCAGAUGCUGCAUAAAAGUAAAGGAAGAACAAAAACUAGCCCGAACCAGUCUACACUGUGGAUUUCAAAAAGCACGAGAAAGGAAAGUGGCAUGGAAGUAUAAUCAUUAACUGACUUUGCUCUGGAAAGUAAAAGUAGUUUUGUAAUUCUUGAUCAGUGUAAGGAAUGGCAUCAUUAGCUUGGAAUGGCUUGAAAUCUCACAGGAUCUGCAAGAUGAACUGUAAGCUCCCCCUUGAGGCAAAUGUCAAAAUAAUUUUUAUAUGUUCAUAGUUUCACUUACAAAAUACUCUGAGUUAAUCAUAGAGUAAGAUCUGUUUACUUUGCUAAAGGAUACACCCAAACUUCAUGUAAAUGAAAUGGACCAUGCAGAUAAAAUUUCUGUGCGUCCGUCUGGAAUCCCUGGGUUGGGAAUAGGCACUUUUGCUUUUUCUCGCCUUCAUAAUUUUUGAUCUAUUUCAUGUAACAUAGAUUGUAUUCAAAUUUAUGGUGUGAAAAACAUUUUACCUUUGCAAACGUGUUUGAUAAAAAUAGAGUGUUCUGAUAUUUAUAUUUAUGGCAUUUCAUUUCUAUGUACAUACUGUUUUGAUUAAAUACUGAACUCACACAGGCACAAAUCUUUCCAUAGGGAACAUUUUUCUUUUGCAGAAAUAGCUCAUGUUCUUUCCAUUUCUCUGUUUUUGGUUUCAAUAAGUUUUAGGAAGUCUCUUCAGAAAUAAGAAACUAUUUCAUUGACUGUGCUAUAAAUCUGCUGAAACACUUUACUUAGAGGCAAGAACUGUCUAACUUUUAUUGUGCAAGACACGUGCCUUACAAGUAUUCUUAAUUUAAAAUUAAACAGAUUUUUGUAAUAAAUUAUCUUUACUAAUAGUUGUAUAGACACCAAUGUAAUUAACCUUGAAAACAAUGACAUCCACAGUACAAAUCACAGAUUUUCACAUGUUGCCUAUAGAAUUGCAAGUAGAUCUCUGAGUGUUGGGAAUCAAUGUGGAUCCUCCCUCUCAACAAAACAGCAUUGCUCUUUGAAGGCUUGGACUGACUCUGGAGUCCAACAGUAGCAGUUUAGCAAAGGUUUUCUUAACUGAAUUUAGGCUGUACUGAUAUAUAAGGCCGAAUGGUUUCCAGUAGUGUGAUGCUAAGCAGAACACACUGAUAUUAAAGUUUUUUUUUUAAAAAGGAAAAACAAAACUACAAAUCACAUCUAUUAUUGGGCCAUGGACUAGAGGUCACUGAUGCUUGGAUAUCUUUGAUGAGUGUUGUUUAUGGAUGUGAGCUGUGGCUUCCUUCUGUCUGCUGGACUUUCUUCAACACGUAGCACGUGUUCUUCUCAAGA